AUGGUGAAGAGUCAAGAAGCGAGCCCGCGUACGCUGUCGUCCGACAGGCGACCUUGGAUCUCCCGGAGGGUUGACGGAAAGAAUGUUUCUGCGUCGGAGAAAUCUCACGAACGAGCGCCUUCCUCCGGUGGUCGCCAAGGCCGUACAGCAGAGGGAGGGAACCCUGAUAAUCCUGCCAGAAUGGAGAGGCAUGGAAGAGCCAGGAGCCCUGUUUGUGAAUUUCGAAAUGCGACACAUCUUUCUUACCAAAAACUGCCUCUCGAGUCGCGACGAGGCUUGUUGGAAGGCAGGAGGUCGCGUGCACGCAGCUCCGUGCGAAGAAAUACUGGGAGGCCCGCGCCGCCUUCAAUGCCUUCAGAGUUCCAAGAGGAAAAAGUGGAGAAGUCCCCCAUUCGUCGGAGAUCCCCGCGUCUCGAGAAGCUUCAGAAACAGAGGGCAGGUGAGAGUUUUUCGCGGAACGGCCGAUCUGCACUGUCUGAAACCCAAACCCCCCACGCGAGGCGGACCCUUCAGGUCAGUCUCUUGUGUAACUCUCCAGGAAGGAAAGAAACAAAAGUGCACACAGGAUCCACUCGUGGCGUCCUGCGCGGUGAAGCAUCUGCUGAGGGCCGUCAGAAGAGAGAGGUAAAAUCAACGAAUGCAGCUGCUUCAAGAGGAAGGGGUCCAGAGCGACAUCCGAACAAAGAACGCGCUGCACUAGAGAACACAGGGAAACCCAAUUAUCGUGAGGGUGCGGGCAUGGAUCCUCGGCAUGACCCUCUCCGAGGGCAGGGAACUGCGGACCACGUGUCGAUCGGGAGAGAGGAAAAGCGAAUCGACACGGUGGAGGAACGGGACGGGGAUCUGUCUCAGAGCACGCAUGCAGUUGGCCUUCCAGACGAGCAUCGGCAGGACAGUCCGCAUGCCAGACUGAGUCAUCUCCAAGAGCAGACAGAGGCGCCCUCGGCUAGACCUAUCUUUUGCACACCGACUGGAGGUUUAUUGCGAGCGUCUUUGACCUCUGACUCUCGCCGGAGCUGGGAGCGGGCCAUGCUCUUUUCCCGAACUCCUUUCUCCGACUGUUCCGCCUUUUCAAUUUCCCCGCCUGAGCGUUUUUCCGCUUCGCCGUCUUCCUUUCAACUUGCUGCACCUAGAGCAUCCGACCAGCCGCCACGCUGGGGUGAUCUGUCGUCCCAGCCUAGAGAUCCUGCAGAGUCGAAUCCACCGUCGUUUCGGCCGUCUUUUCCCGAAAGCGACAUUCCGGCAAAUGGGCUCUGCAGGCCAUCCAGCAGACUCGCGAAUCUCCAGGGACACGACACCGCGAGUCAGGCGAGUGUCAGAGAAUUUGUGUCUCACACGAGAGGCGUCUGUGUGGGUUCUUCAUCCGCGUUUCCUCAUUUUCAGCAAGCCCAAGUCGCCUUGGGAAACACCGCCAAGAGACUUACAGGACUUGCUGCUUUUGGUCAAGAAGCGGGCGCCUCUCAGCCGCUGUCUCAGCGCCGUGACCGAGACGUUGAAGCAUGCGCCGUUGCCGAGAGUCCUGCUUUUUCUUCCCGCUCCGCCCGGCCGCAGACAAGCGCCGACAUUCUGUCGAUAAAAGGCGGGUUUUUCGGCUUCCAAAACGCAGUCAAGCUCGACCGCUCACGGUUCAGUGAGGCCGCUGGGACGCCUGUAUGGGGCGGGGGCAGCUCCGAGGGAAUCAAGAGAAUCUCUCAGCAGGGAGAUCUGAGAGAGUCUGAGAGUCGACGAGAAAAUGAUAAGUCAGAGGCACUGGGAAAUUCGAGAAACCUGCAACGUUUGCGUUCGGAAAGCAGCCAGGUUGUGACGCCAGCGAUACCCGCAGUGCCAACAUCUUUGCACGAGUCGAGGAGUUCAGUUUCCGUCGUAGAAUGCAUGCGCGACGGGCAGGGGAAGAGCGUGGUCGGACCUCUGAGUCGUCUGCCGCCUCGACUAGUCGCGGGAGAUUCCUCUGCCUCUUCAAGACACUCGAAGGAGAGAGCGAAUAGCAAGCGACCGAGAGAGGUGGAUACCCGCUCUCAGGGAGACAUGCCGGUCCUUCUAGGUUGCCUUUCGGGGCAGAACGUGGACGCGUGCAUACGGCAAUUGGAUUUCCACAGGUCAGUCGCCUUUAGCGAGAAAACGAAGGCGAUUCAAGGGAAGCAGCGGUCCGCUGUUUCGCGGCGUGACGGAGUCCAGGAAGUCGAAGAAGAGGCGGGAAAUGGGCCGAAGUGGUCGCACGACAGGCUCGAGAAGCAGAAGAAUGAAAUGCGGGAGUUGACUCCCACAGAGGUCGCGGACGCGGUUCGGGAAAAACCCGCGGAUUGCUUUUCCAGAGUCAAGACUGCAUCGGCCCGUUCAGUAGGUGCAUGCGCCGGAGGCGUCGAGGACAGGCUACAUCAGAAACGAGACGGGGAGGAAACGCGGAGCUGGCAAGGCGUCGCACAGAUGAACGAGUUGGCAAGCGAUAAGGGAGAGAACCCGAGGGACAGGGAAUCUCGCGGUUUAUGCAUUAGGGAAGAAACAACGCGGGACCAGGACUUGCCCACAUCGCACGAGCGUCAGUGCAUGCAAGGUUCCUCCAGGGGAGAACGAACCACACUAUCCCUGUCUUCAUUCCCGAUGCGUUCUAUGCACGAUUUUUCUAAGGAGCUUGAGGCGUCCCUCUCAAGGACACUCUGCGACCCCUCGAGGCUGCCGGCACAAGAAUUCAACGACAGCAGAGGACCGAACGCGGUUUCCAUGUGCUAUAAGGAAAAGUAUGCGUUCAACAGAAAACCCUCUGUGCGUAGUUGGAAAUUCGACGGACACCAAGACUCCAUGGAAAGGACCCCGAGACGAGAAAACUCUUUUUCGCCCCUUGCUCGGUCCCAGUCCGUGAACGAAGAUGCGCUGUCUCCGGUCUCUCGCCUCUCUACACAGGGCCAUGACAUGUGCUGCAAGAGCCGGACAGCGGCAGUGAGCGAGCCUCACUACUCGUGUGCUAGAGCUUCUCUCUCGUUGUCGAAAGCCGGGUCCUACAUCUCGCAAGAUCGAAGAGAUACGCCUCUCCAAAGUCGCUUCUCCGGCAGAGCUUCCUGCACACGGGGGCGGGGUGAGGCACCUCGAGACGGAACGGCAGAAAUUCAGACAUGGGGAGAAAGUCGUAGAACAGAGAGGCGCUUGGUGGAGCUUGGUGGCGGGCCUCUCGCGACUCAACUGGCAGAACAUCAAAGUGGAGAGCACACGCCGAACUUAGGGUCUGGAGAAGAUGUCUCCCCGCUCUGCUGGAGUCAGAGGUCGCCCUCGUCUGAGUGGAACGCGCCGGAACCUGAAGCUCGACACGGUUGGCGCUUCUGUAGAGAUUUCAGUCGAAUGUUUGCCGAGGAAACGGAGAGUUCCUUGCGUGUCGAGGAUAUGCAGCCACGAAGAAAUGGAGACAGAGAGGACGCGGGGAUCUGGGCAGAGCCGAACACGCGAAAGCUGCUCACUCGAACAGUGUCUGCUCCGGGCUGGGAGCCGAGGCGUAGUUCUUGGGAAGAAGACGGAACAAAAAACGGCAAGAGACGGGAAAAUGGGUGUCGCCGAGGAGUGGUUUCCGCGCCUGUAUGUACAGAUCUCGAACGGCACAGCGGUGAGUUCUCUCCAUUUGCGUUUCGGAGCAAGAAAGAAUCGGUAAAUGACAACAAAAAGGCGAUGCGGGGAGUAGCAUGCCUCUCGCCGACCCAGAGUGAGAGGACAUAUCCACCGAGGGGAGACUGCGAGGAGGCAUUGAGACCCCAGGUGCUGCGGUCGAAGAGUCUUCUCCCUUCUUCAUCUCCCACUCUGCUUGACGACAGACCGAGAAAGGUGUCUGGAGGAAACGAGCAGACGCUCGAGGCUGAGACACCGAAGCCUGUCGAAUCCUGUUCUCAGGCGGAGUCCUGGUCCCGAGGUAGGGGCUCAAGCCCCCGGAGUCAUAUCAGUCCUGCGCAGCUGAAUCAAUUGUCACUGUCUAGUCGCGUUUCGGAUCCAGGUCCGUCUUUUGGCUCUUUCCGCUUGUCGAAAGGAACGCGUGUUGGGAAGGAAAUCAACGGAAGCAAGACUGACACCCUAAAACAAUCGGCGGCCUACCCCGAGGAUUCCUCAAUUUCGUUAGAACAGGUAGAAACACCGAAAGCAACAGUCAGCGCAGACAGGAGACUAGACGAAAAUGUCCCCAGGAGGUCUUCCCUUCCUGUGAACGAUCGUGAAAGCGGGUCGUCCACGCUGUCCUGUUCACACCUUCGCAUGCCUAGUCCGCACAGUUACGUCAAUCGACAUUCUGGUGGAGAGUCAACCGUGGGGGUGCUGCGAACGCACGCAGAUAGUAGAGCGACAGCAGGGGAGUACCACGAUGGUCGGGGUUCUAAGGAUUUGGGCGAUACAAACGCCUGGGAAGAAAGGGAAAGAACGCAUGUGAGGAGUCGCCUGAACACUGGUGACUCUAAAACAUCUCAGAAAGGAGCACGAGAGGAAGGGCCUGCAGGGCCAGACGUGUCAGAUAAACUCGCAAGAGAAUGUGCAAAAGUUCUUACACGUGAACAAACAGAAGGAAUCUUUCUGAGAAGCCCAACGCUGAGUGCUCCUCUGCCCCCACGUCGCACCCCGUCUUUCGACGGGGGUCGAGGCUUCACGGUUUCGCCUGUGCAAAAGCCAGUGCGGAACGCUGCAGAGAAUCGGUGCGCGCAACGGGGAGACAUGCCUGACUGCGGGAAAUCGGUUUCGAAGAACAACGUGCAUUCGUGCUGCACGAAAAAGGAGAGUAAGAAAUACUCGGUUUCGAGCCCCUCUCGGACAGGAUCUUCGUCUCGGCACUGCCAGUGGGGGCACAUGCAUGGGGGCGCCGACACACCGUAUCCCGAUGGUUUCAGUGGGGAGAAGGCAGAAACUGCGUCUGAGACUUUUUCAUCGGAGGAAGACUUGCAAACCCAGACUGUCGAAGGGGCGGUGUCUUGUCGGUCGAAAGGGAGAGCAGAAAAACGAACAGACAGUCUUUUCGAGAAAGGACAGCUCGAGGGGAGUACGGGCGGUUCGCCGCCUUCUCCGAUUUCACGUCGCGAAGACGCAGAAAUCUUUGGCAGGUCCGGGCAAAGCUGCCGCACGCAUGUGGAUGGUUCACAGGAGACAAGAGAGGAUUCCAGUCGGACGAAAGAUCCUUCGGCGCCAGACGUCCGUCCCUCGAAGAUCCAAGGGAGUGUAGACAAGGCAAGCAGAGGAAGCACGGCCGCAAGGCAGGACAGCUGCAGUGGUCCGCAGUUGCGGUGUGAUUCGCCAGACGAAGAAUUAUGUGCGGGGAAGGAGGGCGGCAGGCAUAAGGCAGCGUUCGUGAUGGAGAAAAACAAGAAGCAAACAUCAUCUCGUCGCUUCCAGGUGACGACACGUCGCUCUCCGGCCCUUGCUGAAGCGAGAGAGCAUAACGGCAUCACGAAGCUUGGCAAAGACUGGGAAAUCCAAGAAGCGCCUGCCAUGUGUUCUUUUGGCGAACCAUCCGUUCUUGUGCGCAGAAUUGUGUGGGAAGUGCGCCCGGGCCGACCAAUUUGCAGGUGCCUCGUCGCCCCUCUUUCAGAGGCAUCGGGUGCGGUAGACACCGUUUCUGCAGCUCGUGCGGGUUCAUGCACCUCAAGCCGAGGAAGAACAACUUCUGCAGGCUUUCCAUUCUCUCUGACCGACGAGAAGGGAACUGAGUGUGAGGGCGGCUCUGUGAGACUACAGCAGGGCACUGGAACUAGGCUGUGUGUUGAGCUUCUACCAUGUAGCAUUUGCGGCGGCCUCCCUGAGGCGCAAUUUGUCAAUGUAUGAAAGGGAAAGACAAAAUGAGAAACCCUGUUGUUUUACGUGAUUGGUGAAUCCUUCGUUGUAAAAAUACAGUGCCCCGUUAGAUGGAGAAGCACAUCUGCAAAGGGAAUGUUGACACCGCUAACGAGAUUCUAGAAAGAA